AUGGGUGAUUUGGAUUUGGACUCAACUUUCAUUCCGGCGCUUCACAAGCCAGCUGCUCUUCUUCCCAUCGCCAAACACCGAGAAAGUUUGCUCUAUGUCGUAGAGACACAUCCAGUCGCGAUCGUUAUUGGUCAGACGGGUUCCGGAAAGACGACACAGAUCCCACAGUUCCUAGAACAGGCAGGAUGGUGCUCAGACGGGAAGAUCAUUGGCAUCACACAGCCCCGCCGAGUCGCGGCAACCACAGUUGCAGUACGUGUGGCUGAAGAAGUUGGCUGUGAAGUUGGAAAGGAGGUCGGAUACUCUAUUCGAUUCGAAGAUGUCACUUCUGCCUCCACCAAGAUCAAGUUUCUCACUGAUGGCCUGCUCAUACGGGAGGCCCUCGUCGAUCCUCUGUUGACGCGGUACUCUGUCAUCAUGGUAGAUGAGGCACAUGAAAGGUCCAUCAGCACUGACAUUCUCCUCGGCCUACUCAAAAAGAUCCGGCGAAAACGGCCAGACCUUCGCAUCAUCAUCAGCAGUGCCACCCUGCAGGCCAAGGAGUUUCUGGAUUUCUUCACGAGGACUAGCGAUGACCAACCCGCCAAGGGGAAUGGAAAUGAGAAAAAUGAGAUUGGAGCCAUCGUCAGCCUGGAAGGGAGGACGUAUCCGAUAGACAUCUUAUAUCUGGAGUCACCAGCGGAGAAUUACCUGGAAAAGGCCAUCGACGUGGUCUUCGACAUACACACCCAAGAAGGUGAAGGAGACAUUCUCGUCUUUCUCACCGGCCGGGAAGAAAUCGACAACGCCAUUCAGGCCGUAAGCGAGCGAUUGGCUGACCUCAACCCAAAAUAUGGCCCUCUGAUGCCACUGCCGUUAUAUGCUGGUCUAUCCACUGAGCAGCAGAUGUACAUAUUCGACAAAACGCCCGAGGGCACUCGAAAAGUGGUAUUCUCGACAAACAUCGCAGAAGCCUCAGUAACCAUCGAUGGUGUCGUUUACGUGGUUGACAGCGGAUUUGUGAAGCUGAGAGCCUAUGACCCAAGAACGGGAAUAGAGUCACUCACCGCCACGCCUGUCUCCAAGGCGGCGGCAUCACAACGCGCUGGACGAGCUGGACGAACAAAGCCAGGGAAGUGCUUUCGACUUUACACCGAGCAAAGUUACCAAUCACUGCAGGAGGCCAACAUCCCAGAGCUCCAGAGGUCAAAUCUGGCCCCAGUCAUCUUGCAGCUGAAGGCACUGGGGAUAGACAACGUUGUUCGGUUCGACUUUUUAUCAUCCCCACCUUCCGAGCUGAUGUCCAAGGCACUGGAGCUGCUCUAUGCUCUAGGAGCACUUGACGAAUACGCCAAACUGACCCGGCCUCUUGGCUCAAGGAUGGCUGAGCUGGCGGUGGAACCUAUGAUGGCCAAGACCCUCCUGUCAGCGCAAUCCUUUGGCUGCCUCAGCGAGAUGCUUACAAUUGCGGCCAUGACUAGUCUUGGGGGCAGCGUAUGGUUUUCGCACGAGGGUGAGAGGAAGAAGAUGGAAACAUCACGGAGAAAGUUUGCUGUGGACGAGGGAGACCAUUUAACCCUCCUCAACGCGUACCAGGCCUUUGUCACCAAGGGAAGAAAGGAGGCCAAGUUUUGUCACGAGAAUAACCUCAACUACAAGUCGAUGAGUCGAGCGGUGAGUAUCAGGGCACAGCUGAAACGAUACCUGGAGAGGUUCAGCAUCAACGUCGAUGAGACGCUCGCUGGACAAGCAUCGGUGGACAAUAUCAAAACGGCGGAACAGAUCCGACGCUGCCUCACAUCAGGAUACUUUGCCCAUGCGGCGAGGAUGCAGCCCGACGGAACGUUUCGCAACGUUGAAGGAGGAACGGUGCUGCACGCGCAUCCAAGCUCCCUUAUGUUUAACCGUAAAGCGGAUUGGGUCAUCUUCCACGAGGCGAUGGAGACGGGUGGCAAGAUCUUCAUCCGGGAAGUGACCAAGAUCGAGAAAGGCUGGCUGCUAGAGUACGCGCCAGAGUUCUACAAGGUGACAUCGGAUAGGUGGGGGUAA